GCGGGCAGGGCCGAGGGCGCCCGGGAGCCGUGUCAGGCGGCGGCGAGGAGCGGGCGCGCUGGGCGAACGGAACCGUCGGCGACCGCUAGCUGCGGGGACGCCCCGGUGGAUGUGCUCUCGCCGCGGGGCGCAGGGCUUAGGGCAGCUUCGGCGGCGCGGGGGGCGAGGCGGGCUGCCGGUGCCCGGGGAAGGAGGCGCGGGCGUCUGAGCGAGGCCGGGCGCGGCGGCCUUCCCUCGCGCGCCCCCCGAGCCAGCUCCUGCGGCCGCCUUCCGUGCCCGCCUCGCUCCUCCCGCGGCCCAGGCAGCCGAUCCGGGCUGCUCGCUCCCGCCGCGCCCCCGGCCCACCUGGUGGCUCCGGCCCUGGCCGCGGCUUUCGCGGCGGCUCCCCGAGCUCGUCCCGGACGCGCGCCAGGGCGGCGGGGGCUCGGCGGCCACCGCUGUCUCGGGGGGGCGAGGGCGGGAGGGUGUGUGUGCGCGCGUGUGAGCAGGGGGUGCCGGCGGGGCUGCAGCGGAGGCACUUUGGAAGAAUGACUCUGGAGUCCAUCAUGGCGUGCUGCCUGAGCGAGGAGGCCAAGGAAGCCCGGAGGAUCAACGACGAGAUCGAGCGGCAGCUCCGCAGGGACAAGCGGGACGCCCGCCGGGAGCUCAAGCUGCUGCUGCUCGGGACAGGAGAGAGUGGCAAGAGCACGUUUAUCAAGCAGAUGAGAAUCAUCCACGGGUCUGGCUACUCGGAUGAAGACAAAAGGGGCUUCACCAAGCUGGUGUAUCAGAAUAUCUUCACGGCCAUGCAGGCUAUGAUCAGAGCCAUGGACACUCUCAAGAUCCCGUACAAGUACGAACACAACAAGGCCCAUGCACAAUUAGUUCGAGAAGUGGAUGUGGAGAAGGUGUCUGCUUUUGAGAAUCCAUAUGUAGAUGCAAUAAAGAGUUUAUGGAAUGAUCCUGGAAUCCAGGAGUGCUAUGAUAGACGACGAGAAUAUCAGUUAUCUGAUUCUACCAAAUACUAUCUUAACGACUUGGACCGCGUAGCCGACCCUGCCUAUCUGCCUACUCAACAAGAUGUGCUUAGAGUUCGAGUCCCCACCACAGGGAUCAUCGAAUACCCCUUUGACUUACAAAGUGUCAUUUUCAGAAUGGUGGAUGUAGGGGGCCAAAGAUCAGAGAGAAGAAAAUGGAUACACUGCUUUGAAAAUGUCACCUCUAUCAUGUUUCUAGUAGCACUUAGUGAAUAUGAUCAAGUUCUCGUGGAGUCAGACAAUGAGAACCGAAUGGAGGAAAGCAAAGCACUCUUUAGAACAAUUAUCACAUAUCCCUGGUUCCAGAAUUCCUCGGUUAUUCUGUUCUUAAACAAAAAAGAUCUUCUGGAGGAGAAAAUUAUGUAUUCCCACCUAGUUGACUACUUCCCAGAAUAUGAUGGACCCCAGAGAGAUGCCCAGGCAGCUCGAGAAUUCAUCCUGAAGAUGUUCGUGGACCUGAACCCAGACAGUGACAAAAUUAUCUACUCCCACUUUACGUGCGCCACAGACACCGAGAACAUCCGCUUUGUCUUUGCUGCCGUCAAGGACACCAUCCUCCAGUUGAAUCUGAAGGAGUACAACCUGGUCUAAUCGUGCCUCCGAGACAUCUGCCCUCCCCUUCACCGGGGGGCUGUUGAAGAUACACAAGAGGGACUGUAUUUCUGUGGAAAACAAUUUGCAUAAUACUAAUUUAUUGCCGUCCUGGACUCUGUGUGAGCGUGUCCACAGAGUUUGUAGUAAAUAUUAUGAUUUUAUUUAAACUAUUCAGAGGAAAAACAGAGGAUGCUGAAGUACAGUCCCAGCACAUUUCCUCUCUAUCUUUUUUUUUAGGCAAAACCUUGUGACUCAAUGUAUUUUAAAUUCUCGGUCAUGCACUCUCAAAAAAAUGAGUCGUUUCUUUCUCUCUCUCUCUUCUUUUCUAUUGAGCAAAACGGAGCUGAUUUCCCUUUUUUCCUAGCCAUACUUCCCUCCUGAUUUUUUCCAGGUUACAAUGGCCUUUGUCCUAGUUCCAUUCUUGGUCAAGUUUUUCUCUUGAAUGAUUCAGUCAGGACAGUGUCAUUCAGUUUAAGCCAUCACACAUCAGCUUAAUUCAACAGUUUGUACUUUUGCUGAAGGAUUGUAAGUAUUUACUGUGGUUUUAAAUGCGUUGCUCUGAAUACAAAGUUGUGCGGGUUUUUUGGGUUUUUUUUUUUUGUUUUUUUUUUAAAUACUGUCUUGGCUCAUUGUGGACUUGGACAAUGGAUGCUCAUCUAACAGUUAAGUGUCAUUUCUUUUGGAUUUUUACCUUCAGCCAUAGCUUAGUUACUCAGAAAUGCACGGAAGUCAGUAAAGCAAGGGCAGGGGCACAGAAGGAGUCCUUUCUUUUGAAAUGCCAUAUGCCAUUGUCCUUGCUCUCUUCCUUGCUUCUUUUUCUUUCUUUCACCUUCUCUUCUUUAAAUUGCAGAUGCCAAAAAAUAUGCCAACAGACACUACAUUUUCCCAAUGGCUGCUGCCCAGAACCUUUUAGCAGAUUAUUAAUCUGGGGAGGGGAGAGGGGGUCAAACAUUUCCUCCCCCCCCCCACUUUCUUUCCUAAGUGUUUGGGCCACAAUUUUAAAAUAACUGUUAUUAUGGCUUUGUGUUGCCAAGACUGGCUUUUUGGUAAAAAAAAAUUAUUAAUAAGAAGUUAGAAAAGCCGGUGUCUUAAAAUGUAAGAGAGAAAAACUGUGAAGCCAAAAAUGACUGGCUUGAGAAGGAACCUGAAACACCAAUUGCCAAACAGUUGGGAACUGUAAAUUUUAUUCUCAUGGUCCAUUCUUUUCUUUGCCCUUCAGAUCACAUUGUGUAGUGUCCAUGUUCCAUAUUUAGUGUCCAAAUCAGCAAUGUGGAAAAGUGUAUGCUAUGUGGCGCAACAUGAAAUCCGCUUGUGUCUCUUUAUUUGAAGCCAGUUUUGUUCCUUCUGUGUUCUUUGAGGUGGAGUAAGUCUGCAGAAAACAUUGGUUUGUAGUAUUAUUCUGACACCUUUAAUUUGCAAAAUCUGAAGUUCCUCAUAGUUUACCACCUUUGGGAUCUUCUUGAAAUGGUGACUGGUUAAGUUGAACUGAAGGGAGAUUUGUGGACUUGACUCAAAAGCAACCUCUCAGUGUUCUACAGAACAUGUAUUUGUGUAACUGAACCUACUAGGAGAGAUGUUUGGAACUGUGUGUGUGCAAUUUUUCAACAAAUGCAAAAAAUACAGUACGUGUAUUUAUGAGCUUCUGUCAAGCAGCUUAAGUUGAAAUAUGAUUUAAGACAAUAAAUCAUGUCUGUUGUGAAGCUGCUUGGAAGUUAGCAUUAGGCCAUGAUGCUGGUCUCCUUUUAACUACAAUUCUGUUUGGCACUAGUGUAGAUUUCCAUUUAAAUAAUUCUUUUGGAACGGCAAAGAGGAGGGAGAAAAUUAAUGGCUUAGUAAAUGAGUACCAGUGUUACAAAAUGGUAAGGGAAUGUUCUCAGUCUUUACUCUCCCAGCCUCAAAUCACGGAGGUUACUUAUCUUUCCCUUCCUCAGCAAGCACCUGUAAUUUAAUUAACCAACAGACUGGCUGCAGGUAUAGUGCAAUUACAAAUGCUCUAAUCAUUGUACAGACAUCUCUCUCUGGAUUUUGCAGCAUCCAUACUGGCUUUGUAAUCAUUAAUUUUUUGGCAGAUUGAAUGUGCUAUAUUGAUAUGUAUCUAUGUAAUUGUAUUGUAUGUCUUAUAGCUAAUUCACAUUUUGAAUAAUGUUAUUUUAUUUACUUUUUUAAGAGAGGAGAAUGUAAAUUUGUCAGUUUAUUUCUGACUAGGGAUUUUUUUUCCAUUUAGAAGAGAAGAAAAAAAAACCUUACUAUCGUACAGAGCGGUACUAGCAUCGUGCUGUAUAAAAUCGUUUGCACAUUCCUGAGUAGAGGUAUACUGAUUAUAAGACCCAAAGGUAAUUUCAUAGCAAAAUACAUAAAAUCAGUCAGAGCUUUUAUACAAACAUGGACACCAACUUUGUAGAACUUUUGCCAUUUGACCUAGGAUUGGAAUAUGAGCUUUUAUACAAUUCAUAUUCUUAUUUGGCAGAUGCACAGUUUAGUAUUACCUCUCUGAUGGCCUUUAUUAGAAAGGCAGUUUUAGAAGCUAUUGUGAUCCACUAAGGAAACGUUUUAACAGCUAGAGACCACUGCUUGCCUGAAAGGGCAAUCUUAAAUUUGGUGCAGCAACAACAACAACAAAAAAAAUAAAUAAAAAAAAUAAAACAAAAAAAAUAGUAAACAACAUUUGAAGGCCUACAGUGUGUAUAGAGAAAACCUCAUCACAAGAUCUUAAGUGUUACAGUUUUAGGGAAUCAAGAUAUUCUAUUAAUAGAGCUAUCGUAGAUGUAGUUGACUAAACCUGAUCUCAGAGCUCGAAGAAGCUGAGCAAAACAGGGAAAGAUUGUUAUAUUUGUCUUUAUGAAUUUGAGAUGGAAUUUGCUAUGCAGAACUGAGGUUCGUGGUUUCACUGUUCAUCUCGGGGUGCAUGACAAGAUCCCUUCUCUUGAGAAAGGAGAAUAUCGAUCACCCUAGCUGCAGUGAGGCAGAGAAACCUAAUUGUAGCCACACUUGUCAAUCGAAGCUAAAAGAUUUCCUUUUUUGUUUCUUCGGGGUUUUAUUGAAGGGGCUGGUGGGGAGGGGGUGGAAGGGAAGGGAUUCUUUUCAGUUUUGUAUAAAAACAAAGUUUACUUAUGCUUUAUAUUAUAUUGUGAUUACAAGCGUUCUCAGCGUGUGCCACUGGACCCCUUUGCUGACACUCUCGGUGACUGAGGCCCAUGGCAAGUUUUAAGGUGACUUGGGCAUGUCUUACUCAAAAACAAAAACAGAAAAAACGCAACAACCUUUCUUUGGCAUACCAAGGCAAGCAGCCAUUUCGUAACUCACUUAACACAUUGCAGUGUACCAGUUUACAGAUGAUUUUCUUCCCUUUUUUGUGUGAUACAGCAGUCCCAUCCCACAGAGAAGUCCUUAUUUUUAAAUUGGAGGUUUCUACAGAUGCCUUACAGAGCUGAAAUUCAGAAGUUUGUGCCUCAUAUCUGAAACAAAGGGAAAUACACACCCAUUCAAAAACAAAAUCAAUCAGUCCCCUCAAAAAUCUUUGUAACAUUUCCAUAUACAGAGCUCUGUUGAAUGUCAUGAAUAGACUGGAAAAAAAAAUCUCCUUAGGAACCUGCAUACAUUGUUUACUGGCAGAUGACAUCUAAAAAAGGUAUUUGAAAAACACGUUAAACUUGUAUUUUUUUUUCUUUUUUGUAGAUUAACUAGCAGACCUAAUAUAAUAUUUAAAAAAGGUAAUUCUGCUAAAGGGCAAUUUACUUUUUUGUACUUCAGACUAUCUUGAUUGUCAAGGUGUAUGAACUGUAAUUUUAAAAAUUUAUACUGCCACAUGAUUGUAAAUUUUAGUUGUCUUAGGUUAGGAACUGGUGAAAAGCUAUUUAUGCUGGAUUUUGGUCAAAAUGACUUUAUUAUUUGCAAAAAAAAAAAAAAUUAAAAAACAAUGGGAAGAAAGGGCUGCAUAAUGAGUACUACAAGACUCAGAUCUUGGUUGGGAAAAAAACCUUCAAAUUACCCUCAAUUUCCCUUUGCUUUCAGUUUCUCGAAAAGAAUGAAUGAAAUGAAAUAUAGCAGAAUGUUAACCCGUAUAAAAAUAAAGUGUACCCAAAUAUUGUAAUGUAUAUUGCUGCUCUUCUUAAAAUUAAAUAAGGGUUUUAAACCACUUGAUUGGUAAUUAACAUCUCAAUUGAUACAAAUAAGUGUGCGUGGUAUACACUAAUAUUUUCUUCCAAAGAUGUAUCUUUGGUUAGAAAUACAUACAAAAAUCAAAACUAACAAUAUUGUAUGUUUAUCUAUCUCUACAUAUUUCCAGCAUAUGUAGUGUUAACAGAUCUGUCCUGGUAACUGUGUCUUUGGAAUUUCAUUUGGUUCCAUCGUAUUAGGAAAAGAAAUGGCUUAGCUGUGUGUGAUUAGCUAGAGAUUUUUGGAGCCAGAUACCUGCUAUUUAGUAGAUAGGUAGUACAGAGUCUAAACUUGUCAUUUCAUUUGUUUUUCUCACGGAAUAGCAAAUCAUUUCCUGCUGUCUUCCCAAUUACCACUGCCCUUUGAAAAACUCUUGCCUCUAGAAUCAUAGGUUCAGAGUAAUCAUACACACCUAGCACAUAGUAGGUGCUCAAAUAUUAAUUUCCUUCUUACCUUCCUUAUCUACCAUGUAUCCUCCAUUUUCCUCCAUGAUUCAAACCCAGUAGAAAAUGACAUUUACUAUUAUGAAAACAUCUGUUGGGAUGAAAGGAAUUCUGACUUUCAUAUAGUAGAAGGGAAAAUAACAGGGAGGAAGGUCAUCUUCAGUAGAAGAUUUUUUAAGUUUAGGAGAGAAAGAUGGAAAAUUACUAUGAUAAUUUGUCCGUGUUACUUUGACUGAAACAUGUUUUUGGUGGAUCUCUUUUCCUCAAAGAACUCUAAAUGCAACUUCUUGCUGGAUUCCUCACCUGUCAUCAUGUUGGAAAACCUUACUAGACCUAUGUAUGUAGGGAGUUUUGUCAGAAAACAUUUUUAACUUGGCAGUAUUUACAAGAAUCAUAUUUACUGUUCUUAAAAAUGUCAUUCAAAUGCAUGUAUUGUCUAUUGUUUGGGGAUGGGAACUAGUUUUGCAAAAAAACACCUAAUGUAUAAUAAUGCCCCAAUGAUCUUGCUGGUUAAAAAUACAGUAUUUUUGGCCAUAA